AUGAACAACCACUCAGCUCGUCUUGUCUACAAAGCCAACGCUCUCGUUGAUCCGCCUCAAGAAUGGCACGCUAACUGGGGUGCAUGGUUAUCGUACGUUCGAGACUAUCAACAGCGUACAUGUCAAACGCUACCCAUAAAAGGAACAAUGAACAACAACCAGCGCAACGACAGGAUUGUAGUUACUGAGAAGUACAAGCUCGGCAAAAUCGAUAAGUUACCUGCUUUCAUAGAUCCAUACCAGCGUGUAUACAUUUGUACACACGGCUGGCCAGGUCGACCGCCUCGAGGAACCGGAGAGAGACCACGUCAGCACGUUCGUUUCACUGGAUGUGGCUUCCGUUUUACAGUCCAAGCAUGCCAGAGGAACGGAAUAUGGCAAUUUCGGGUCGUUCAUGGGACUUUUGUGCACAAUCAUGAUGUUACUGCAGAUAGUUUUGCUGCGCUUCCUUCUUCUCGUGGAUUAGACGACGCUCGCAUAGAGGCCCGCGUUGAAGGAAUGCUAGCUGUUGACUCAAAGAGGUCGAAAAUCUACCACUAA